AUAAUAUGGAGGAGAAUACUAAAUCAUUAGUCAACAACGAAAUGGUAAACAAAGAGGCUCCUCGGUUAGUAGCAUUAUUAAAAGAAAUGAAGGAAGGAUUGCAUGCAGUGAGGAGUAAAGUACAAGCUUUAACCAUGAAGGUGAAAGAGAACAAUUUUCCAACAGUAGAUGGGAUAAGUUAUCUGGAAGCAAAGCAUUUGCUGCUGCUAAGCUACUGCGAAUCAAUUGUUUAUUAUUUGCUUCGUAAGGCAAAAGGGUUCUCAAUUGAGGGGCACCCUGUUGUUCAGAGUCUUGUAGAGAUAAGAUUAUUUUUGGAGAAGAUCCGCCCAAUUGAUAAGAAACUUCAGUACCAAACUCAAAAGCUCAUGAGGGGCAUUAGUAGUGCAACAGAGAAAGUAGGCUCUGUUGAAAAAGAUACAGAUACUGCUCAGAAUGCAGAUGACCCAUUAAAAUAUCGGCCAAAUCCUGACUUGCUUAUUAGCAAAAUAAAUCAGAGUUCUCAGGAUGGUGAUGAUGUGUACCGACCGCCAAAAUUUGCUCCCACUACUAUGUUGGAGGAUAAUACCUUGAAACAGGAAAAACUAGCUAGGAGAAAGAUGAAGGAGACUCUUCGGCAAGCUGAGCAGAGCGAUUUUGUGAGAAAGAUGAUGGACGAUUUUGAAGGGAGACCUGAGGAGGUGAGAGAAAGUUUUGGAGCUGAAAGUGGAGAGCUUAGGAGAUAUAAAGCAAAAAUGGAAGAGCGGGCACGACAAGAAGAGGAGCUUUUCAUUCGUGCUCCACUUACAAAGAUGGAAAAGAAGAGAGAGAAACACUUGAAGAAGUCAAGAAAUGGAUUGCGUGGUUUGACGGAUGAUUUCUAUGACGAGAUUAGAACUUUACCUUUGGAGGAUGAUGGCAAUGAUAAUACAAAUAACUUCAGAAGUGUUAGCAGUGGAGGAAAAAAGCAUAGUAAGCGUAAGAGGCAGCAUUGACGGAGGAUGGCUAGGAUCUUGGAUGUUUUGAGUGAUCAAAUUUUGUAGCUCUUCAUCAGUUUAAAGAUUUGAUACCCCUAACCACCUUGGAUCUGAGAGAUAGUGUGCUGUCACUCUAAAGUCCUAGAUAAGGUGAAUCCUUUGUGAGGAGCAGCGCAUCAUAUUUAGGAAAGUCUCCGUCUAUAUUGCUAUAACAGUAGUGGAUCUGGGAAGGUAUUAAUUGUAGUUUUCUAUGUGUACUGGUUGAACA